AUGGGCGAUUUAACGGAAUCGUCGACGCCGGCACGUCAGGUACCGUUCCGGGAGGAUUGUUGGUCGGAGGAGGCCACUUCGACGUUGGUUGACGCAUGGGGCCGCCGUUACUUGGAUCUUAACCGUGGGAAUCUCCGUCAGAAGGAUUGGCAGGAGGUGGCCGACGCCGUUAACGCACGUCACGGUCAUACCAAGAAGACGCACCGCACCGAUGUUCAGUGCAAGAAUCGAAUCGAUACCCUCAAGAAGAAGUAUAAGAUUGAGAAGGCGAAGAUUGCUGAGUCUAAUGGAACCCUAACCUCGUCAUGGCCUUUCUUUUCUCGUCUUGAAGUUUUGAUCGGCUCUAAUUUUAACAAACAGCUGCAGAAAUUUACGCCGUCGCCUAUACCGUUGGUGUCUCAAUCGACGCCGUCGUUGUCUCUGCCGUCGCCUCCGAUGGCUGUUCCGUUACCGUUUCGUAAAUUGCCCUCUGCAAUGUUUCCUACGGCUAUUUUGCCUCAGAAGCGUCCCUUUUCCUCUCCAUCACCACCGCCGCCAAUGGUGGAUGAGUCGUAUUUCAGGAGGAAUUACUCUGCCAUGGCUGCUGCCGCGGCUGCAGCUGAGGACGCACCUGAUGCAGAGGAUGAGGGGGAAUCGGGUGGGGAGGAAGUUGAAAUGAGCGAUGAGAGGGGUGGGGAGGAGGAGGGAGAUGAGGGGAUGAGGAGCUUGGCAAAGGCGAUAGAGAGGUUUGGAGAGAUAUAUGAGAGGGUGGAAAGCAUGAAGCAGAGGCAGAUGGUGGAGCUGGAGAAGCAGAGGAUGCAAUUUGCAAAGGAAUUGGAGGUUCAGAGGAUGCAGUUAUUUAUGGAUACUCAGGUCCAGCUCGAGAAGAUAAAGCAGGCUAAGCAAUCUGGAUCUUCUGAUGAUAUUUAUAGUUAG